ACCCAGUCCAAGCGUCCUUCUCGACAUGAUCCAAUUGUCUUACUACAUGUUACUCUAAUGGAUGAUGUGAUAUCACUUGAUAAACGUCGGCUCUAUUACCACGAGAUUCCCUUUAAAUAUUAGGAAGAUAUCACCCAGGAAUUGAUUACAACUCACGUGAUUUAGAAAAACAGAUGGUCAGGUGGAUUUCUCACAAAAAUCACAAGAUCACAUCAUCACAGUGGGCCCACCUAGCUUCUGACAGCAGGAACUUCCUCUCGCAGGCAAUCCGCGUCUCAAAUACAUCUGUUGGCAUCGUAACAACGGUUUCGAUCACAAACAUGGUCCACACUCCACAAAACCAAAACUCGAGCAGCUGUGCGUAUCCUCGAGUGGAGGGUUUUAUUAAUAUAAUCGCGCCUGGUUUGCGUUGAAAGGUGGGGGUUUAGAUUCGGGAAUGGCGAAGUCGUGCAAAGGCCUCGCCAUGGAACUCGUCAAGUGCCUCAGCGAAACCGACUGUGUCAAGGUCGAGAAACGCUCAUACAGGGAUUGCGCUGGAGAAAAAAGUCCAUCCAUAUCAAGCGAGUGUGUUGGCUUAAGGGAGACAUAUUUCAAUUGCAAGAGAGGCCAGUGCACAAGCCCCACACCUUAGAGAACAUGACGGCCUAAUCAGGAUGGAUGAGGAGAGGGCCCUAAAAAAUCCUUUUGCUGAAAACUUUCCCUGGGCGAAGGAGCCCAGAUUCUUGAGUUAUUCUCUCUGAUGGGAAUGAAGGUUGAUAUGCGAGCUCGAAUACGCGGAAACAAGGGGUAUUAGGCAGAGUACUAUGCAAAUGUAACUGCAUCACAGCGGCUGUUGUCUAUGGAAUACUUUUUUGGGAGUUUUAUGUACAGCCAGAUAAUGUAACUUGUUUUCUUUUGAUGUUCUUAAUGUGACUACUGCACCAAUUGCUAAAACUGGAGAGGUUUAACUUUUGAGUCCUUUGCUUAGUUGGGGCUCGUUUGGAUACAUGAGUGAACUGAAUUAUGAA